GAGAAGGACAAUGUGUGAAAAUAACCAAACUAAAAUUACAGAGUUUAUACUUCUGGGAUUUCAAGAUUUUUACAAUCUUAAAAUUAUAUUAUUUAUGCUAAUAAUGCUAAUCUACAUUUUAAUACUAAGUGAAAAUCUGCUCAUAAUUGUCCUGGUGACAAUCAGCGACCAUCUCAA